UAUAAAAAUACAAAGGCAAAGGAAGACCAGGUUCCAAUGUUGUUGUUUCUAGCUUUGAGCUGCAAGAGUUAAUUUCCUUCUACUCCAUAAAUGAAGGAGAAUUCUCUGGUUUUUGUCUUCCUCUAUCAAUAGCAAAUCCCAACUUUUCUGUACUCUACAAACAAACCCAAAUCCUACUUUUCCUUUUGAGAGCACCAACAACUAAUAAAUUACCAAAGAAAGAACAAUUUUUUAGUAGAAACUUGAGAAAGAAAGACAAAACUACUACAAUAAUAAGCUCAAUCACUCUUGUUUUUUCUUUCUUCCAUGUCAAACAUCACAGGUGAAGGAGCUGGGAGCUUCUCUUCUGGUAACACAGGAGAAGAAGAAGUCCAACUAGUGCAAGAUCAUCACUUCCAUGGAGGUUCCAACGCAGGACCUUCAACUACAACUAACAGUAAUGGUUCUUUCCCACAACAACAACCACCACCACCAGUCAAGAAGAAAAGGAAUCUACCAGGAACUCCAGACCCAAAUGCAGAAGUGGUUGCUCUAUCACCAAAGACUCUAAUGGCAACAAACAGGUUUGUGUGUGAGAUAUGCAACAAGGGGUUCCAAAGGGAUCAAAACCUGCAACUUCACAGAAGAGGCCAUAAUCUUCCUUGGAAGCUUAGGCAAAGAACAACAAAUGAGAUAAGGAAGAGGGUAUACAUAUGUCCUGAGCCUACUUGUGUCCACCACAACCCUUCUCGAGCAUUGGGAGACCUUACUGGAAUCAAGAAGCAUUUCAGCAGGAAACAUGGAGAAAAGAAAUGGAAAUGUGAUAAGUGUUCUAAGAAGUAUGCAGUUCAAUCAGAUUGGAAGGCUCAUUCAAAGACCUGUGGCACAAAGGAGUACAAAUGUGAUUGUGGAACCAUCUUCUCCAGAAGAGAUAGCUUCAUCACUCACAGGGCUUUCUGCGAUGCCUUAACAGAAGAAAACAGCAAAGCAAACCAUGGGCUCACCUCAAUCUUUAAUGGAGGAAACUUACAAGGCCAAGUUUCAGAGCUCAUAUCACCUUUACCCAUCACCAACACAUCUAUCACAAUACCUGAAUUCAGCCACCAUGAAACCAAGAACCCACUGAUCAAGUCUCUUCCACAGGAUCUCAUGUCAAUGCAACUAAAGUCACCAAGCAUGACUGGAGGAAUGUUCUCUAGCAGCUCCAGCUCCAUCUUUGGUAGCCCAAGAAAUAACAUAUCUUCUCUUUCCUCUUGCCUUCAGCUCAGUGCCAAUAGCUCAUCGACACCGGCGAACUACCCGCUCGCCGGAUCGUCGGCGGCACACUUAUCUGCAACUGCAUUGUUGCAGAAAGCAGCUCAAAUGGGUGCAACUACAAGUAAUAGCAUUAUCCCUCCCAUGAUGAAAAAGAGCUUGGUUACAACCAUGGCAGGGAUGGAUGGUGGAGGAUUCACAAAUCACUUCUUGCAGAACACCCAAGAUCAGAUUUCUUCUCACUUCUUCAAUACAACAACAAUGGAUUCGGAUCCAGAUGUUGCCAGAAGUUCUAGGGCAAAUGAUUUGGGAAUGUUCUCUGGGAUGUUUAUGGGUGAAGAGGAUCAAAAACAUGGACUAUUGAAGAACACUGAACAAGAGAACAGAAACAGUGCUAGUACUAGUAGAUUGUUACAGGGAAGGAAUGGUAAUUUAGGGUUAGGGAUGCCAAGCAGUGGACAGAAUCCGGCAGGCGCGUCGUCGAGCUUCGGAGGGAACGGGGUAGGAGAUGAUAUGAUGACUGUAGAUUUCUUGGGGAUUGGAGGAUCAAGGUCAGUGAAUUUGAGUGAACAACAACAGCUCAGUCACCAAAGAUUUCAGGAAUUGAAUCCCUUUCAAGAACAGAUAUCACAUGGACAAGAAGCCAUGGAUAAAUCUUUGUGGGAUAUAUGAUCAUGGAAGAUGCACUUAGUAAGGAAUUACCGAGGGACUGCCAUGGUUGCAGGGAAGACAUGAUCUUAAUUUCUAGUUAGUUUUUUAGUAUAUGGUUGAUCUUAAAUGAAUGAAGCAAAAGAAAGACAACCCACUCCAUCUAUUUUGAGGAGUAGGUUGAAAUAUUAGAGAAGAAAACGAUAUUUCAGACU